AGGACGCGAAGGAGGAGGAUGAUGAUGAGGAGGAGGAGGAGGAGGUACGUGGCGCUUGCCGCCCGUCCGAGGACCGCCGCCCCGCCUGGGCGAGUGCCUCCCAGCUGGCGGCUCGCGCGCUUCCGCGAGCGGACGCCGAGGCACUAGCGGCGGCGGCCCCGCCGGGCGCUGAGCCCGCCUGCCCCCCCAUCCUCCUACUAAUGUUUUUUGUUUGUUCCUCUCUCUCUCUCUCUCUUUCUCUCUCUCUCUUGUCGUUCAUUCCUCUCGGCCGAGCGAACUGCCGCCGAGCGCGGCUGCCUGCUGCCGCCGCUCGCUGGCCACACAGCGGACCUCCCGGCGCCGCCACGCUUCUCUUCCCGAGCCGCUCGCCAGGCGACUAUGGCCCCGCCGUCGGUCUCGCUUGGCGGAGGCUGCCAGUUCGGAGGCCCGACGCAGCCGGCGCUGGGAGGCCAGUUCACCGUCCCGUCUCAGGCGGCGCCCGGCGGCCAGUUCGGGGGCCCGCCGCAGAUCGUGGCGCGGCCCAUGCGGCCGUCGUGGGGCGGCGCCCAAGGCGAGGGCGGCGGGCCCAUGGGGCCAUGCGGAGGCGGGCCGAUGCGGCCGUGUGGUGGUAUGCCUUGCGGCGGGCCGCGGGUUGUGCUGCCCCAGAGCGGCUUGCCGAUGAGGCCCCCGGCGAUGCACACGCCGCAGACCUUCGGGGGCUACAUGUGAGGAUCCCCGAUGAGUCGCGCCGCGGCGGCGCCUGCGCCGCUGAGCGGACGAGGGGCCAGCGCGCCACCGGCCACCGCGCUAUAUAUCGAAGUCACCCUCCUGGCUGGCCUCCCACUCCCCUCCCUCCUG